GUCUAAUCUGAUCCUUUUUGUACGUGAACCUCAGUUGAAGAGUUCACAGUACAGAGGAGUCGUCUUCCACUUACCUUACCCAAACUUUUGUUGAAGUAUCUGAAGCUAAGCAUGGACUUGCUCUCACUUUCUUCGCCUUUAUCUUCUCAAUUCCAUUUCAUUUAUAAACCCACUUUCUCUCUUCGCUGCAAUUCCUUUCCUCUUUCUUUCAAACCCAUUUCUUCUCUUAAAACCCCUAAAUUAUCUGCCAAAACCCUAGUGCUUCAACAGCAACAUCCACAUGUGCAUUUAUCUUCUGCUCCUCAGACCCCCGCCACCGCCAUGCGAGGCGCCGAGUCCGACGCCAUGGGCCUACUUCUCAGGGAAAGAAUCGUCUUUUUGGGUAACCAAAUCGACGAUUUCGUAGCUGAUGCCAUUAUUAGUCAGCUCUUGUUACUUGACGCUCAAGACCCCACCAAAGAUAUCAGACUUUUCAUCAAUUCUCCUGGCGGAUCUCUUAGUGCCACAAUGGCUAUAUAUGAUGUGGUACAGUUGGUGAGAGCUGAUGUGUCCACAGUUGCACUUGGCAUUGCAGCAUCAACUGCUUCGGUAAUUCUUGGUGGUGGCACCAAAGGCAAGCGUCUCGCAAUGCCCAACACACGAAUUAUGAUUCAUCAGCCUCUUGGAGGGGCUAGUGGGCAGGCAAUUGAUGUGGAGAUUCAAGCGAAAGAAAUUAUGCAUAACAAGAAUAAUAUUACCAGAAUUAUAUCUGGUUUCACUGGUCGUCCUUUUGAACAAGUUCAAAAAGAGAUUGAUAGGGACCGUUAUUUGUCUCCAAUUGAAGCGGUUGAAUAUGGAAUUAUUGAUGGAGUUAUUGAUAGAGAUAGCAUCAUUCCUUUGAUGCCUGUGCCGGAUAAGGUCAAACCAAACUUCAAUUACGAGGAAAUUAGUAAAGAUCCGAGGAAAUACUUGACACCAGAUGUUCCUGAUGAUGAGAUUUACUAGCAUGGAAUGUUUUUAGUGGUCUUUAAAUCAAUCAGUGGAUUCUUCAGCUAGCUGUUGUCUCAUAUAUUCCUUGCAAAUUUGGGUGAAUGGUAAUCUGCUCUUCUGAAAAUUGACCGGGGUGACCUACUGCAGAACUUGGAAGCAAUGCUAAGGGUGGUUUAUGAUCUUUCCGUUUCAUUUCUGUGAAUUAGAGAUUGUUUGAGAAUAGCUUUGCACUUUCUAUCUUCGUCUCUGGCAAUAUAGAUCAUUUAUUCAAACAUUUUUGCCUUCUUGUGAGCCGAAAUGGCAGCUGUGUGACAACUCUUAACAGGAGCAGAUAAAGCAAGAGCCUAUACUGUAAAAUGUCUUGGCACCCAAUUUAGGCCUUGCAUUGCUUGUUAGAUUUUUGCUUUUUUCAUAGAAUUUUUAAUGCCUCACCUGUUUGUUUUGUGGAUUUUGGUCAUUGCUUAUAUCUCAUUUGGUAUUUUUUUUUUU